UAUAUUAAGUAUCAAGCUGUUCCAUAAAACAGUUUAUCUUCGUUAUGAAGUGUAAUCGCUGAACUUCUCCACAUCGUGGCGUGUGUCCCUCGUCUUAAAGAAGCGAGGGGCCGGCCGAAGAGCCAAUCAGAUACGUCGGCCGUCAGCUGGGGGGGCGGGGCCGUGAAGUGGCGGUGUUGUGGUUUAGGCCGCGGUCAGCGGAUCUGCACGCAGCUGAGAAUGGACGACGGACUUAACUUUUAAAUUCGUGCGCUGAAGAGGUCUGCACGUUUAGUCACAAGAAAUAUGGAGAAGGAUUUCUUAUCAACAGCUGUCAGCACCCAGGGGUCAUGCCCUGUUGGGGAUGGACCCUCUCUCCUCCCUCCCAUACAGAGCCCUCCUUCGCUCGUCUCCAAUAACCUCCCUGCUGCUCCUCCUGACCCGGCCAGAGAAUCAUCUCAUCCCUCGCACACAACAGCUAAACCGAGGGAUUGCCCCCCAUCUGUAAAGGGGGCACGGCCCUUGACUCCUGCUGUACCAUCUAAACCCGUUCCCGGUCCCUCCUCUCCUUCUCUGGGCAAAACUCUGCUUUUAACUGCUCCACGUCGCUCUUCCCUUAAAAUCCCCCAGAUGUCCCCCCUUUCAAAGCUCACAUCUGCCUCCUUUACGUCCGCUAGCUUGGCCUGUAACUCUCCGACAGAUCCCCCUGCUUCUCCUUCCACUGCGUCCACCGAGGCCCCUGCAGCUUCCUCCGCCGCUCCAGUGAAACGCACCUUUGCCUCCAUGGCCAAGCGACUGAUAAUACAAGAAAGACUUCGGAAAGCCGAGAACAGUGACGAUGAUGAAGAGGAAGACGAAGAGCCUGAAGAAGACUUGACCCUGGAGCAGAUAGAGGAGAAGGCCACCGCCGGCGACGCCAGGGCCCAGACCCGGCUGGGUCAGCACUAUUUGAGUCUCGCUAAAGAGAAGGACGCGGAGCUAAACGAUCGCCUGGCCGUUACCUGGCUGGUAAAAGCCGCCAAACAGGGAAGAAAAGGUGCCGCAAGUGCACUGCAGCGCUGCUGGAUCCAGAAAAAAGGUCAAACCUCAAUGAAUAAAACACGGAAUCACGCGGAGAAUGAGGCUGAUGUGCGCAAGUUGUCAACAGAGAGUAGGUUUGAGCUGUCGGUGCGCAAAGCUGCCAUGAUGAUGUACUGGAAACUCAACCCGGACAGGAAGAGGAAGGUGGCUGUGGCUGAGAUGCUGGAAAAUGUCAAUGCAGUGCAAGGGGGCCCCGCAGGCCGGAUUCCUGGUCCAACCUCGGGUCAGACCCAGAAAGUUCUGGAGAGCAUGGUCAGCAGUGAGUCCGCGCAGUUGGUGGACCUGGACGACUUUGUUGAGAUGACUAAAAAGUAUGCACAAGGUAUCGCUCCCCAAGCUGGCGGCCCGGUCACAGCCAGGGCCGAAAGUCCCAAACCUGGCGACCGCAGCGCGGAGCACGAGGCUGAGCUGGUGCCGUCGGGGUACAAGAAUGCCUUCCAACGUUCUUGGAGUUUUGGCCGCAGUGGGAUGAUGCUGGACACCAGGCAGAACGGAGCCAUGAAGAAAGCUAUGGACAUGAAGUCACGCUUAAUGGUGCUGCAGUACCCACUGCACGGCAUCGUGGAGAUGAAGGAGCACCUGGUGGACUGGGCGUCGCGGGCCGGCGUCCAGUGGCUGAGCACGAUCAUCCCCACGCAGCACGUCAACGCGCUCAUCUUCUUCUUCAUCAUCAGCAACCUCACGGUUGACCUGUUUGCGUUUGUCAUCCCCCUGCUCGUCUUCUACCUGUCCUUCAUCUCGAUGAUCAUCUGCACGCUGCGUGUCCUCCAGAGCAGCAAGACUUGGGAGAACUUCCGAGCCUUGACGUCUCUGCUGACCCGUUUUGAACCCGGCCUGGACGUGGAGCAGGCUGAGACCAACUUUGGGUGGAACAACCUGGAGCCGUACCUCUACUUCAUCCUGUCCGUUUUCUUUGUCAUCUUCUCCUUCCCGGUGGCCGAUAAGGGCUGGAUCCCCUGCUCUGAGCUCUCCACCGUGGCCAUCUUCUUCACUGCUGUCAGCUACAAGAGCCUCAGCCCCACCGCCGCGACCUACGCAUGCCGAGCUAUGGUCAUAGAGGUUGCAUCAUCUCUGUGUUACCUGACCCAGUUCCUGCCGGAGCGGAUGACGGCGCUCCGCUGCCUGGGCCGCACCUUCUCCACUCUGCCACUGGGGGAGUCGGUGGUGCUCAAGCUCAGCCUCCCCUGCCUGCUCUAUGUGUAUCUCUUCUACCUGUUCUUCAGCAUGGCCAGGAUGCGCGGCUUCAGGGGGACUUACUGCUUCCUGGUUCCGUACCUGGUUUGCUUCAUGUGGUGCGAGUUCUCCGUGGUGCUCCUCAAGUGCUCCUCCGCUGUGGGUCUGAUGCGCACUUGCGUGGCCUAUUUCCUGCUCCUGUUCGCCCUGCCCAUCCUGGCUUUUGGACUUGCCGCCAUGCUCUUGAUCCAGCUCUUCAAGUGGUUCCUUGAGCUGGAGCUGACGAAGGUGAUCGUGACCCUGGUAGUCUGCGCCAUCCCCGUGACCCUGCGGCUGUGGACGCGCUUCAGCAUGUCCAUCCUGGAUGUGUUCCGCUCAAUGACGCAGCGCGGCCCCGUCAAGCUCAUCUUACUUUGCAUCUCCAUGGUGAUCCUGUUCUUCUCGAUCUACGUGUACCACGCGGAGGGCCAGAAGGUGUACAACUCCACCCUGACGUGGAGACAGUACAGCCAGGUGUGCGGGCCCCCUGCCUGGGAGACCAAAGGCAUGGCCCAGACACAGCUGUUCUGCAGCCACCUGCACGGACACAGAGUCACCUGGGCGGGCCGCUUCAAGCACGUGCGCGUGGCCGAGACGGACAACGGGGCACAGUCGGUCAUCAACAUGCUGCCGGUGUUCAUGGGAGACUGGCUGCGCUGCCUGUACGGAGAGACGUAUCCCAAGUGCGAGCCGAAGAACGCGACCGCUGCAAACGUAACGGCGGCCAAAUCCGCGCCGGCGACCGGCACGCUGCGCGCGCUACUCCGGACGCAGGAGGAGGAGGAGAUGUGUCAGAUCAAGGCUCUGGCCAAACACUCGUGCCACAUCAAGCGCUUCGACAGCCACCGCUUCGAGGUGACUGUGGGGAUGUUCCGGGACGGAGGUUUGGAGGAUGCGACCAGGGACGUAAUCCUGAUGGCCAGCCACGAGUUCAGGCAAGUCCUGCUGAACCUAAACCCCGGCGAUAUGGUGGAGUUCAGCACCAAGCUGGAGGGCCGCCUGGGAGGCAGAGCGCAGGCCUUCGAGCUGAAGGCGAUCCACUGUCUGGACUGCGCUUCCUCUCUGACUGGAGGCAGGCAGGUGAAGAUCGAGCGGGACUGGAGACGCACCACCAUGAGAGCCAUGAAGUUCGCUUUUGAUUUUUUCUUCUCUCCCUUCCUGUCUGCCAAAAUCUGAAGCCGAAGCAUUGACGACUCUCGUGGAUUCGGAAGCCGUGGCUGCGGGUUUCUUUUGUUUGUGUUCAUUUAGCUAAUGCGAGUUAUGGUAAUGUUUACAAUUUGUGCCGUCAUGGAUCUAAUGUCAUAGCCGCAAACCGGUCGCUUUUUGCAAAAUGUUCCAUAUUGAAAAUAUGUCACAAUGAAAAGUCCGUAGUCUUAAAAGCUUGCGGUUUCAUCAGACGAGGUGGAUGUACACGACCCCCCGUUGGCCGGUUAUUUUCUGUGUUUUAUUUGUUGUUACCUUUUUCACUCCCUCUGAGUUUAGGUUUGCAGAUAUGUGCUCAUGUCUAUUUGUCGACAGCUCAGCUAGGUGAUGAAAUCUAGGACAUUAUUUCUCUUCUUGUACUGCAUGCGUUUACAAAGAUUAGUAAUAUUCGGAAAGCAGUUAAAAGAUGGUCAAAUACCAGCUUUCCCUUUGGACUCAUUGUCACAAUCCGCUAAGAGAAAAGCUACAGAUUUAAGGUGCAUAAACACUACUGAAUUCCUCAAGUAAAAGGAAAUGAAUGCACGUUAAAUCCUAAAGUAAUUAUUUGGUGGUAUCCCCGACUGUAGACAUACCACCACAAAAAAUGAGCAGCAUCCAUUCCGUAGAAAUAGAGGGGCAGCGGUGUAAAUAUUUGGCUUUGUUUCACAGAACAGAACAGAGUGCCUUCACUUUGCCCCGAUGUCGUUCGUGGUCAUUUAGUCAAGUUUAAAAAAUUAAAUGUAGAUUUUAAACUUUGCUUUCAGUCACUGUAAAUUCAAAACUGAAUAUGUUUCAGGGGAGUUAAGAAAAUGAACCUUCUUUAAAAAACAAUUUUAAAAUUCAGUCAUCUGACUGAGAUGCAGUGUUGACGGAGCAGAUAAUCGCUUGAGGUGAAGACAAAGUAAUGCAUGUGAACAGCAUUCAACUCUUUGCUUACCGGUAAAUGAUGAAUUUGAGUGCCUUCUGUUUUUUUAGUGAUGGAGUUUAUGGGAGCGUGCAAUGAUUAUUAAAGUGCUCGUUUUUCAAACUA